AUGCCACGCAACUAUUCUAGAAAAACAGACCGACAGGAUUGGUAUAAAACCUCCAUGGAAAAGGCUAUUGAAGCUGUAAAGAAUAAUGAAAUGGGCUGGCUAUUGGCUUCUAAAGUGUUUAACGUCCCACAAUCGACUCUUAGAAGACAUGCACUGAAACAAAAUAAAGUCUUAGCUCCAACUACAAAAGGUAUGGGUAGGUACAGGAAUGUCUUCACAUAUGAAAUGGAACGAGAACUGGUAGAACAUAUUAAAUUACUAGAAACGAGAUUGUUUGGAUUCACAAGAAAGGAAGUUUUGGAAUUGGCGUACCAGUUUGCGGACGUUAAUAAUAUUCCUCAUAACUUCAACAAUGAAAAAAAGAUGGAAGGCAAAGAAUGGUUGGCUGGAUUUUGA